AUAUUUAUGAAUUAACUCUCUUCGGCACGCUCAGUUGCUCUCUCACUGUGUGAGAGAACAGCAGCGGCUUUCACAUUAUUUGCUAUAGCUAUCUCGUUUGCUUGCACUGUUAUUGCAAUAGCAAUAGAAAAUUUCAUUACAUUUUGUUUGUGUUGUUGAUGCGACAACAACUUGUUGAAGAGAUAAGAAGAACACAUUAAAUAAUUAUAUUAAGAAGCAAAGAUCAAGUCAUCUCGCAACAAGUGUUAACAUAAAAUGGGUUGGAUUUGGUCGCUGUUCAUGUUGGCAAAUGCCAUAUUGCCGAUUCUGUGUUGGCAAUCGCAUUUUAAGCCCGCUCAGCUGCAGUUGCAGAUGAAACGGAGCGACGAGGUGCAACUGACUCUCUCUGACAUCAAAGACGUUAUACGGCAAGAGACGGAUCGCUAUAGUUUCCGUUUAAUUAGCAAUAAUGCGCAUCUUGCCACUGUGGCGCCGGAGAAUGCAACAAUUCCCGUUGCACUGCUAACGACAAGUGAGUGGAGUGGACGCAUUCGCUUAGAUGGACAUUUUCUGGGCGAGGCAAGGAUCUCCGUACAAUUGCAUGAUGCACUAUUGAACACGAGCACCGGACCGGAGAAUUCCGGCCGUAAUGAUAGCACUUUGCUGGCGCUUAUUGUGCGUCCGGAACGUGUCAUUGAUCAUGUGUUUGUGGGCUCCAUUAUACUGCUGAUGUCCUUGGUGUACAUUAAUUUCGGUGCCGCUCUCAAUAUGGAGGUGCUGCAGGGUCUAUUGUCGCGUCCAGUUGGACCCUGCAUUGGAUUCAUCACACAAACUGUAGGCAUGCCUCUGCUGAGCUACGCCCUCGGCAUCUUCAUCUUCCCGGAGUCACCGGCCAUGCAAUUGGGCCUGUUCUUCACGGGCAUUGCACCCAGCGGUGGUGCCUCCAAUACCUGGUCAGCGGUCCUCAGUGCCAACAUCAAUCUGUCGGUGCUGAUGACCACUGUCAGCAAUUUUGCGGCAUUUGCAUCGAUGCCCAUUUGGAUAUUCACACUUGGCCAGCUGAUCUUUGAGCGGGCAGGCAUGGACGUACCUUAUAGCAAGAUAGCCACCUACUGUGCCAGCCUCAUCAUUCCCCUCUUCAUCGGCAUGGCCAUUCAGCGCUGGCUGCCACGCCUCGCCCAGAUCCUUGUGCGCCUCCUCAAGCCAAUCUCCGCCUGCCUUAUACUCUUCAUCGUUAUCUUUGCCAUUAUCACCAACUUCUAUCUGUUCGAACUCUUCUCGUGGCAGAUUGCUGUGGCGGGCUUGGCGCUGCCCGGACUGGGAUAUACGUUCGCCUGGCUGGCGGCCAAGUUGUUGCAUCAGAAUGCCGCCGAUGCCUUGACCAUUGCCAUUGAGACGGGCAUACAGAAUACGGGUAUUGCCAUCUUCUUUCUGCGCACGACAUUGCCACAACCGCAAGCGGAUCUGACCACCGUUGUGCCGGUAUCGGUGGCCAUAAUGACACCACUGCCACUGCUUGGCAUCUAUAUGUAUCAACGUUGUCAUGGCAUCAAAAUGGGCGAGACAAGUGCUGCAGAGCAUCAGAGAAUUGUCUAAACAAGUCAGAAGAUAA